UCUGGAGGCAAACUCCUCACAGAUAAAAAUGAUUUCGGCUUGUUUAUUCACCCUAUUUUUAGGGUUAACUGCGGCUAAAGACACAUAUGUCGUCAUUGCUCCAAAAGACGUCCGGCCAGGCGUUCCUCUGAACAUCAGUGUCAACAUCCUACGCGCCACUGGGGAUGUUCUCGUCACGGCGAAACUCGUUCAGCACUCCGACAAGUCGGUGGUAGCCUCUUCGUCUGCUACAUUCCAACAACAUGCACCCGGUACCAUGCAAAUUGCGGUCCCAGAUACUAUUCAUAGUGGAUCGUAUGAACUUACCGUUGAAGGCGCAAAUGGUCUCGACUUCACAAACACAAUGAGUCUCCAUUAUGCAGCCAAGGGCAUGUCCAUUUUUGUACAAACGGAUAAAGCCAUGUACAAACCAGGACAGACAGUCAACUUCCGAGCAUUUGCCAUAUAUCCAAACUUGACAGUGUACCUUGGAGCAAUGGAUAUUGAGAUUUACGAUCCAAACAGCAAUAAAAUAAAGCAAUUACUGGGAGUAAAAGAUUCCACCGGAGUACUUACUAAUUUCAUGAUAAUGGACACAAAGCCGGUACUCGGAGACUGGAAAAUCCGGGUCAAGACACACGGUAUGACCAAAGACAAGAUGUUCACGGUUGCUCAGUAUGUCUUGCCGAAAUUCGAAGUAACAGUUGACUUGCCCUCCUACUCGUUGACUUCGGCAACAGACAUUAAAGGAACAGUUAAGGCAAAGUAUACCUAUGGAAAGCCGGUGAAUGGAACUGUAAAACUCAGGGCUCACGUCGACUUUUACCAUUCUUACUACUCCACGUCACCUAUUCCAACCACUGAACUGACGAUGGAUAUAAACGGUGAAGCUAAGUUUACACUGCCUAUGUCUGGACUGACAGACCAACACUACCACAACUACUUGAACAGUCAUAAAGUCAUAGUUGAGGCCAACGUAACUGAAAGCCUCACACAGGUUACUCUUAACGGUUCCAGCGAGAUGUCCUUCUACACUCACGCCGAGAAGAUUGAACUUCUCCCAUCUAACCCUACAACGUUCAAGCCAGGUCUUCAAUACAUUGCAUAUGCCAAGGUUGUCCAACAAGAUGACACACCACUGACCGCGUCCUCGGGCAGGUUGACUGUACAUACGUGUGUUACUGCCAAUUUACCAGAAACCACUACACCAUUGUAUUACUAUGGCCCUCGUACGAUGUUUUUUGAGCUUAAAGAUCAGACAUUUACCCUCACAGACACAGGACUCGUCCAGGCUAAGAUUGACAUCCCACAAAAUGCAACCAGCAUCUACCUAACAUUUAAGUACGGAUCCAUUACGCAGUAUAAGACGAUACAGAGGAGUUACUCUCCCUCAGACAGUUUCAUGCAGAUAUUCCUGGAGUCAAAUAACCUGCGAGCCGGUCACGACAACGUUAUUGACUUUCGGGUAGUGUCCACAUCACCAAUCCAAAAGCUAGUUUACCAGGUGCUCGGUCGAGGCACUAUUGCAGUAUCAGGUUCAGUCGAUGGGGGCAGUGCUACAGCAUUCCCAUUCCAUGUUCCGCUGAAUUCUAAAAUGGCACCAAAUGCGAGAAUCGUUGCUUACUACGUCCGACCGGAUGGAGAAAUUGUUACAGACAGCAUAAGCUUUGACGUUUCUGGAACGUUUGAAAACGAGGUAUCCAUCAGUUUCGACAAAACAAAAGCCCAACCCGGUGAAGGCAUCAACGUUGACGUAUCAGCUGACCCCAACUCCAUUGUCAAUUUACUUGCCGUCGACCAGAGUGUCCUUCUUCUUAAGAGCGGAAAUGACAUCACGCCGGCAGAGGUCACCGCAGAAUUGAAGACGUAUGAUACUAUUACACAUGACAACGGACCAAUAUACUUUGGAGGUGGAAUUGGAGGUAACUUUGGAGGUGGAAUCGCGCCUGCUAUCGGCAGGAGGAAGCGGAUGAUAUGGUGGCCCUAUACAACAUAUUAUGGUGGAUCUGACGCAAAGCAGAUUUUUGCGAACGCUGGAGUUAUCAUCUUCACUGAUGCACUGGUAUAUCACCAUGUAGAACCACCGGUUUAUUACCCCCAGUUCAGCCAUCACGGGUUCCUUGGUGGAUUUGGAGGAUUUAACGGACUUGAUGCUUUGGCUGGUGCAGCAGCAUUGCCCGGGGCAGCUGCAAUGGGCAGUGGCGUGGCGGCCGGUAGUGCGGCUAUUCCAUCAAAUCCUCAACCGCAACAUGUACCAGUAGAUAGUCACGCAUCAGCGAAUCUCAAAGAACCAGCCCGUGUUCGCCUUAUUUUCCCAGAAACGUGGCUCUGGACGAAUAAAUCAGUCGGAGCUGACGGUCAUGUGAGCAUAGCUGCCACAGUUCCAGAUACGAUUACCUCAUGGGUAGCUAGCGCCUUUGCUGUCCACACACAAAGUGGUUUGGGGAUCGCUCCUACAAGCGCCAAGGUUGAAGCCUUCAGACCCUUCUUUGUCAGUCUGACAUUGCCUUACUCCGUUGUAAGGGGAGAACAACUUGUAUUACAGGCCAAUGUGUUCAAUUACAUGACAAUGGAUAUGGACGUCGUUGUUACAUUAGACAAGAGCGAUGAUUUGGUAAAUGUCGUGUUUGAUACACAAGGCGCCGAGUCUUACGCAUCCCAGACAAUAAGGAAAACCGUCCAUGUUACGGCCGGUGGAUCAAAGUCUGUGUUCUUCCCCGUGGUUCCUUCCGGCCUGGGAUCUGCCAGCAUCAAUGUGAAAGCCCAGUCUACCUUGGCCGCAGACGCCGUUAGACGGCAGCUCCUGAUCGAGCCUGAAGGUGUUCCGAAAGAGUACAACAUACCGAUGCUUGUUGACCUCAAACAUAACAUCCACUUUGCGGAGACAGUUGAUGUCACCCUACCGGUGGGAGUAGUCGCCGGGUCACAGAGAGUACGUGUAUCGGCCAUUGGUGAUUUAAUGGGACCAACAGUCAAUGGAUUGGACAAGCUUCUGCGCAUGCCGACCGGAUGUGGAGAACAGACAAUGCUGGGUUUUGCACCUGAUGUGUUUGUUACAAACUAUCUCACCGAUACGCACCAGUUGACAUCAAGCGUCGAAGACAAAGCGAUUAGCUUCAUGGAGAAAGGAUACCAACGAGAACUGACUUUCCAACACAAGGACGGGUCAUUCAGUGCGUUUGGAGACCGAGAUCCUUCAGGUAGCAUGUGGUUAACGGCCUUUGUUGCAAAGUCAUUCCACCAGGCUAAACGUCACAUCUUUAUCGACGACGAAACUCUAACCAGAGCUAUUGAUUGGAUGAUAAACCGCCAGGCGUCCAAUGGUUCAUUCCCCGAGCCUGGCCGUAUUAUUCAUAAGAAUAUGCAGGGUGGGUCCGCCUCCGGAGCCUCUUUGACCGCCUUCGUUCUUAUUGCCUUAAUGGAGAACAAUGACUUGCAGGGUGGGGUGCACCUUAGGAUCCAGUCAGCUGCCACUAAAGCGAAGACGUACCUGGAGGGAGAAGUGGCGCAUAUGACCGACCCCUAUGGCCUAGCGAUUUCCACUUACGCUUUAACAUUAGCACAAAGCUCUGUCUCUGGAUCAGUCUUCCACAAGCUCAUGGCAUCUGCAAUCAGAAAAGAUGGUAUGACUCACUGGCACGAACCAGAAUCAGCCAGGCCAACAUCAAGUCAUUACUGGUCACCACCCCAUCAACAGUCCAAGCCUGUUGACAUUGAGAUGACCUCAUACGGCCUCAUGGUCUUUGCUCAAAACAGUCAGUUUACAGAGGGACUGCCUUUCAUGAAAUGGAUUACAAAGCAGAGAAAUCCAAACGGCGGAUUUUCAUCUACCCAGGAUACUGUUGUGGCACUGCAAGCUCUGUCCGAAUUCUCCCGUAUUGGUUAUUCUGAUCACUUCGACAUGCAAAUCGGAAUCACAGCUGGACAAGUGACACACAUGUUUAAUGUUACCAGACAGAAUGCGUUGGUUCUUCAAUCACUAGAACUGUCAUCUGUACCAAGUCACGUGGCUGUUACAGCAUCCGGAAGUGGAAUGGGCCUCGUCGAGGUAUCUGUGUUCUUCAACGUUGAGCAAGAGGUAGAGGAGCCAUCAUUUGAAGUUGAUGUUACGAUUAUUGAGGAAACGAUCAACUCUCUGAAGGUCCGCUCGUGUACUAAGUGGCUGAAAACUGGGGCUAGCGGUAUGGCCGUGCAGGAAAUUGGUGUACCAACCGGUUUCGCCGCAGACCUCGAGAGCAUAGACAAACUGCCAUCUCUGAAGAAAGCCGAGACAGAGAACCGCAAGGUCAUUUUGUACUUCGACGAGAUUACACCAACCCCUCUGUGUGUUACUAUGGACGCCUUCAGGACGGACCAGGUCGCUAAGUCGCAGCCAGCUCCUAUCAGGGUUUACGACUACUACGAACCAACUAACCAAGUGACAAAGUUCUACCAAUCAACGGUGCUGAAGAACUCCGGUGUCUGUGACGUUUGUCAGGAAUGUGGAUGCCCAGGAAAGCCUUAAACUGGAGCAUGUAAAUAGGUUGAAGUUUGUUGAUCUUUGAACUUUAUUUUUAUUUUCACAUAUAUGUCCAUUUUAUAUUGUUCUCUCUAUGUAAAUAAAUGAUGAUUUGUUAAUAAA